AUGACGAUCAAGUUAUCAACAUACAUUUGCGUCGUAUUAUUCGGUUCUACAUCAUGGUUGAGUACAAAUUCUGUAUGGAUGGAAUUACCGUUGCUCACUAAAGAAUUGCCGGAAGGAUGGAGUUUACCAUCGUAUCUGACUGUUGUUGUGCAGACUGCUUCUAUUGGUCCAUUGGUUUAUAGCAUCAUACGUAACUUUUCGAAAAUAUCCAUCCCCAUACCAGCUGUAAUCCUAGCAUUGCUUAUAUUUUGCUGUUCAUGUACCGUAUUGAUGGCACUGUUUUGGUCUCAUACAGUCUUCCUUUUUGGUCAAGAACGAUCUGUGAUACUAAUGAUCCUACUUUUUGGUAUGGCAAUAGUCAAUGGGACAUCAAAUGUACUCUUUAUACCGUAUAUGGCUAUAUUUCAUUCUUCUUAUUUAACGGCAUAUUUUGUUGGCAUGGGCUUGAGUGCUUUAUUUCCGAGUAUUGUUUCAAUUUUGCAAGGUAGCGGCAGUGAUUGUGUCGUUGUAAAUGGAACGUCAAUACAAACCAGUGGCAUUUUACAAUUUGGUGUUGCAGAAUUCAAUUUUAUAAUGCUUGGUUGGAUGCUUUUCGCUACCGCUGCAUUUGUUUAUUUGAUCUAUCAUAAGAAUGCUGAAACUGCUGAAAAAAAAGAACCUUCAGUGAAUCAAUCGCCUAGGAAAUUAUCACUGCCAGUUAAUGAACUUAGUGGUUGUGAAGCUAACCCCUUAAGUCAAUAUAUUGAAACAUGUACUGCUGAAGAUAAAUCACGCGCUGAUAAAUUACGAUUCGGACUAUUAUUAUUUUUGAUGGCUGCCAUAAAUGCUCAAAUGAAUGGAAUUGUUCCGAGCCUUCAAAGUUACGCAUCUUUGCCAUUUUCUCAGAAAACAUAUCACCUUGGUUUAACAUUAUCGAAUAUCGUAGCACCUAUUGUUUGCUUUUUACCUCUUUUUGUGAAAAUUACUCGUUUAUCUAUAUUGGGAUCGCUUACGAUGGCUUCAACGGUACUAACUGGAAUGAUUAUCAUUUUUGCAGCUAUGAGUCCGACACCUAUUUUGCAAUUUUCUAUAUGGGGAUCUGUUCUCAUUAUAAUCAUAGUGGUUUGCUCUGUAGCACUGAAUUCAUUCGUUCGAACAGUUCUAGCAACAAUAUUGGGUGAUAAUGCAACUGACAACGAAAUACGGCUUUUCUGGGGUGGAGUAUUUAUACAGCUGGGAUCAUUUUUGGGUUCUAUUCCAAUGUUUCUACUUAUCAAUACGUUUCGUUUAUUUGUUUCUGCACCGCCAUGUCCAUAA